GCUCCAUUCUCUAUUGCUAUCAACAUGUUGAUCUCUCAAUGGCCGACUGUGCGGGUCCAUUGCCGCGCUCAGUCGCGCAUCGCACGGCCGGAAAGGAGGUCGAAAUGGUGAAGUUCGAUGCGGCACCGUUGUGAUUGGCGGCUCGAGGCGCCCGGCAGCGCUCCAUCAGGAAACCAGCCGAGCGCCAACAUGAGGCUGAUAUACAUAGCACCUAGACCCACCUGCAGCACUAGCUUGCUAUGCCUCAUGCUGGAUCUUGCGGCGCAGACAGAAGAGCGAGAAAUAAAGAUGGCCAGUAUCUCGAACGGUUAUGCAUUGCAUCCAAAACGUCCUCCGAACCAACGCUCUCAUUACUCCCAAAACUGCGAUUAAGAUCUUCAGCUGCAACACGAUGCUUUCAUACUAUCUCGCGGCCCUCACGAGCAUCCUCGCUCUGGCAGCAUCAGCACCAACACCAGCCGCUUCAUUGCCAGGCCUUGCAUCCGUAGACCUCCGCAUCGUCGGCCCACAAAACACACACUAUACAACAACACUCCAGGCACCUACAAGCGACCAAAGCCAACACCUCACAGUCAUCGUUGGCCAAAUGCUGGCGCUAGAGCGCGACCCACUUCACAUCCAAGGCGUGCAGAUUUCAGCUGUCAAGGCAGGCGAAUCGCUGUCGAUGCUGCCAGGGAGUGUUGAGAAGGACGAUUGGAGGGUUGCAUGCUCGGCGCGUGUCGAGGGGAUGGAAGAUGUCGUCACUUUCGACAUAACAGACAAGGGCGUGCUCCUGGCUGGGGGGAGGCUAGUAAAAGUUACGCGGUUGAGUUGCUCUGUGAACGGAGAGGCGGUCAGGUGAUGCGGCGCUUUCCUUUUGUAUGGCGAGCAUUUUACGUGGGAUAUGUUU